AUGCUGGACUUAGAUCUUGGUUCUUUCACUCAUCCAAGUAUAAGCCAGGUUGGUGGGAAGUAUUGGUUUUACGAAAAGGACGAGCAGUCAUUCCCCGGACAAUCAUUUGGAUUAGAGAUCGAAAAAAUUUUACAUCAUACUCACAGUAAGUAUCAAGAUAUAUUAAUUUUCAAAUCCACCAAGUUUGGAAAUGUUUUAGUAUUGAAUGGAAUCAUACAAUGCACUGAACGAGAUGAAUUUGCGUAUCAAGAAUUAAUAACCCAUGUUCCGAUCAUGUCUCAUACAAACCCUGAAAAAAUCUUGGUUAUUGGAGGAGGAGAUUGUGGAGUGAUAAGAGAAGUCAUUAAACAUGUUGAGAUGGGUACGGUUAAGGAAGUAACCAUGGUUGAAAUCGACGAUAUGGUUAUCAAAUUAAGUGCCAAAUAUUUACCCCAAAUGGCCAAAUUUCAUAAUGAUCCUAGAGUGAAAAUUAUUAUUGAUGACGGAUUUGAGUAUUUAAAGUCAUUACAAACUCAGUCAAAUAAAUAUGAUGUUAUAAUAACUGACUCCUCUGACCCUGAAGGUCCUGCUGAAGAAUUUUUCAAAGUUAAUUAUUUUAAUUUAUUACUUAAUGCAUUAAAUGAAAAUGGAAUAGUUAUAAUGCAAAGUAGUGAGAAUAUUUGGCUUAAUAUAAAUUAUUUGAAAAAUCUUCUUGUUAAUGCAAAACAGGUUUUCCAUAACGUGAGAUACUUGCAAUGUUAUAUGCCGCUGUAUACUUCUGGUCAAUUGGGUUUAAUUGUGGCUACUAAUGAUUGCCAAAAUGAUUUAUCUUCUCCGCAAAGAUCAUUACCUGCUGAUAAGCAGUCUCAGUUUAAAUACUAUAACAGUGCCGUACAUCAAGCGUCUUUUGUAUUACCCAACUGGGCCAAUUCACUAUUGAAUAACUAA